AUGUGUCCCGCGGGCCGUCUGUUGGGCGUCAGUGUCCUGUAUGAUGGCACGUGUCCCUGUGCGUCUCUGCAGGUGAGUAACGGCGUGGCGAUCGUGCGCCCGCCGGGUCAUCACGCAGAGAGAGAUUCUCCGUGCGGUUUCUGUUUCUUCAACACGGCAGCGCUCGCUGCUCGCCACGCUCAGAAAAUCUCCCAAGAUGCACCGCUGCGAGUCCUCAUCCUGGACUGGGACGUUCACCACGGCAACGGGACGCAGCACAUAUUUGAAGACGAUGAAAGCGUCCUCUACGUCUCACUCCAUCGCUAUGACAACGGGACGUUCUUCCCGUCUUCAGAGGACGCUGCCCCCGACAGGGUGGGCGUGUCCAAGGGGGUGGGCUUUAAUGUGAACGUGGCGUGGAGUGGCGGGCGAAUGGGCGACUCCGACUACCUGGCUGCCUUUCACAGGGUCGUCAUGCCAAUUGCCACUGAGUUUAACCCUGGGCUCGUUCUGGUGUCGGCCGGGUUCGAUGCAGCUCGAGGGGAUCCUCUGGGUGGAUAUCAUGUGACCCCAGAGGGAUACGCCCACCUUACACACCUGCUGAUGUCACUGGCCGGGGGGCGGGUCCUUCUCAUACUGGAGGUACAAACACACACACACACACACACACACACACACACAAUCACACACAAACACUGUGUGUGAACUGAUGUGUAGAAAUGUGUGAAACUGAGAGUUUGUGUGAAUUCAACUGAAGUGAGUUAAAGUGAAGUGAAUGGACAUCAAGUGAAGUGAAUGGUUGUGAGAUUAUGUGAAUGUCAGAAAUACAGAAGAGUGACCUGACAUGAAGUCAAUAGAUAUGAAGUGAAGUGAAUAGAUGUGAAGUGAAUUCAA